UGUGCGUCUUUCAGGCGACGCUGCCAGCAUGACGUAUAAUCUAGUGGACUGUUCUUCAGAAACAGCUCGUCAACCACCUCUGUAGCUUGCUAGCCAACAUAGCCGAAAGAUUCAAGCUAUUUAGACGCUUUCGGUGGAUAUUAGCUACUGUGUUUUAGACACACUUCUGUUGUAUCUACUUGUUAACCUAUUUAAUGUAAUAUUACGUUAUUUUGUAUUAGUCAGCUAUAGCAGCUGGCUGGUUAAGUUAGCACUAGUCUUGCCGCUAAUGAUAAACAUCACCGACCAUGAGCUCCCUAAACUACUCCCCUCCUGUUAAAGAAGAGGAGGUCUGCUGGACGGAGAAAGAAGCUCUGGGGCUGAACAUUGUUGUGAAAGAGGAGAAGGAAGAAGAGGAUGUUACAGUAAAACAAGAAGAGAAAGACGUUUUUGGAAUGAAGGAUGAAGAGGGGGAGAUUACUGUCACAUUAGAGGAGGAGGAAGAAGAGAAGACUGGAGAACUGAUUAACACCAGUAAAUACAGAGAGAGACAGGACUAUCGUGGAUCCUCUGGGGAUCCUCAACAACAUCAUGAUGCUGACGAGGCAGAGAAGAGUCUCUCCAGAUCAGAACACCUCAAGAAACACCUGCAGAGACCCACAGGGAAGAAAUCUCACCACUGCUCUGACUGUGGGAAGAGUUAUUCAAGAUCAGAUUCACUUAAACUACAUAAGAGAAUACACCAGCGAGUACACACAGGAGAGAAACCUCACCACUGUUUUGACUGUGGGAAGAGUUACUUAAAAUCAGAUUCACUUAAACUACACCUGAGAAUACACACUGGAGAGAAUCUUCACUGCUGCUCAGACUGUGGGAAGAGAUUCACCUCUUCAGUAGACCUUAAAAUACAUCAGAGAAUUCACACUGGAGAGAAACCUUUUGGUUGUGAUCAAUGUGGGAAGAGUUUUACUAAGCCAAGCAACUUGAAAUCACACCAGCGAAUACACACUGGAGAGAAACCUUAUGGCUGUGAUCAAUGUGGGAAGAGUUUUACUCAGUCAAGCGGCCUGAUAUCACACCAGAUAACACACACAGGAGAGAAACCAUACAGCUGUACUCAAUGUGGGAAGAGUUUUGCUACAUCUGGCUAUCUGAAGAUACACCAGAGAAUACACACAGGAGAGAAACCUUUUAGAUGUGAUCAAUGUGGGAAGAGUUUUGCUACAUCUGUCUAUCUGAAAAUACACCAGAGAAUACAUACAGGAGAGAAACCUUAUAGCUGUAAUCAAUGUGGGAAGAGUUUUACUCAGUCAAGCAGCCUGAAAUCACACCAAAGAAUACACAGGAGAGAAAUCCCAUAGCUGUAAUCAAUGUGGGAAGAGUUUUACUCAGUCAAACAGCCUGAUAUCACACCAGCGGACACACACAUGAGAGAAACCUUAUGGCUAUGAUCAAUGUGACAAGAGAUACUCUGAUAAAAUAUAUCUAAUCAAACAUCAGAAAAUGCAUACAUGAAGGAGUUGUUUCACGAUAUCAAUGAAAUAUUGUCACAAUGUAGAAUGUUUUAACAUUGUAGUCUGAGUAUUUUAAUGAAUUUCACAAUGUAGCACCCUAAAUGUUUGCCCCCUGUUCAUUUGAUUUUAGCAUGAUAUGGAUUUUAGCCUCAGGGGAAAAAUCCAGGCUCUGGAUUGAAAGAGUAUUAUUUAUGUGAUUUAACAAAAAUGUGCUAACAAAAAAAGAGUUGUGUUACACUUACCACGUUGGUGACCCUCUUGAAUCAAAAUGCAACACUUCAAAAUGUAGCCAUUAAUUACUCAAGGCUUUGAGCGACACAGAAUUUCGAACAGCCACAUUGUUAUAGAUGACAUCCCCCACACGUAGCAGCGAAGCCAUUAUGUCAUAUAUUAAAGCACUGGCCAUGUUCGAGAGCAUAAAAUCCAUGCUGCUGUAACGGAUGUGAAAUGGCUAGCUUAGUUAGCGUUUCAAUCGGUGACGUCACCUGCUCUGAGACCUUGAAGU